CAGAGGAACGCAAGCUGAGCACACUAGCUGUGGGGGGUUGAUGUUGCAAUAUUCAUACAAGCCGAAUAUUGCUUUUCUGAAGUGACACACACCCCUGAUAUAGUAAUAAUUCGUGACAGUUGACUUGGUUGUGGAUAAUAAGCAGCCGGUUUGCGUUUCUUCUGUUUAUAACGCUGUUAAACAGAUAGAAAGACAGAAAAGAGCGAGGAUGUUGGUCCCCGCAGGAAGAUAAUGAAGAGGAUCCGCGUUUUGUUGGUGUGCCUCAUCGUAGCGCUCCUGUGCUGGUCUCCUGCUUGUGAUGUCCACUGUUCGGAUCAGAGCUCGUCUGGCUCCUCUGGCCCCGCCCACGCCGCACAGGAUGGCAACGCACACGCACACACACCGGAGCAGGAGCAUACACAGGUGGAGGAGGCCUGGAGGACGGCCUCUGAGCCACCGUACCAUGUGGGGCUGGAGGCGGAGUGGGGAGCAGCAGUAGAGGAACAGACACACACACACUCAUCACAACACACACAACAGACUGUGAAUCAGGAGGAGUCGGUGGUGCUGCUGGAGCGGUACCAGUACCAGGAGGAGGAGGAGGAGCAGGAGGGGGAGCUGGUGGUGGCGGUCGCGGGGGAGGAGGAGGAGGAGGAGGAGGAGGAGAUGGACCGGCCGGACCCGGAGCAUCCUGCCACUGAGCCAGAACCAGAACUGGCCCCCACACACACCCCUGAGCCCCAGCAGCAGCAGCAGGUCCAGAGCCAGGCUCCUCUGGGGGUCAUCCACACGCAGCCGGACGCCGAGGCCCAAAUCGAGCUGCAUCCCUCGGGCACGCAGGACCAGGCUGCAGCCUCCUUCACCCUCUCUCCCUCCUCCCCUCCUCCCAGCACAGACACCCACACACAGCAGCAGCAGCAGCAGCAGCAACCCCAAGCUCAUCACCAUGACGACACUCACCCCGCGACCCCCGAGCGCACGGCUGAAGCACCCGGCGGCGGGACACCUACCUCAGACACCCCCUCCCCCGACGCCCCAGCCAGCACACUAGCGGUUGCCAGAUCUCCUAUCCCGGCACUAGCGGUUGCCAGAUCUGAGAGCUCUAGUGCCAGGGAGUGUGUGGUGGGUGCCCCUGCCCUGGGGGCAUCCUCCUCCAGCGAACACCUUGACUUUGGCAACACGCUCGCUCUCACCAGUGACCUUGAGGACAUGUCGGUGACGCUGGGGCGGGGGACGGGGACCAACGCAGACCUGCCCGCCUCGCUGGUCCCGCGUGACAUCGUCACCACUGAGCCGGAGCCGGAGCAGGAGCGCAGCGGGAACGCCUCCGCCAAGCCCGACGACGCCCAGCAGGUGGGGGACUCGUCUGGCUCCCGUGAGAAUGACCCGUCUGUGCCCAGUAAAGAAGACAUCCCCACCUUUGAUGAAUGGAAGAAGAAAGUCAUGGAGGUGGAGAAGGAGAAAAGUCAGAUUCUCCACACCUCCAGUAACGGCGCCCCCCACCCCGUCAAGAAGGUCCAGAAGAACUUCAAGAACAACUACGCCUCCGUGGAGUGCGGCGCCAAGAUCCUCUCCGCCAAUCCAGAGGCCAAGAGUACGUCCGCCAUCCUGAUGGAGAACAUGGACAUCUACAUGCUGAACCCCUGCAGCAACAAGAUAUGGUUUGUGAUAGAGCUGUGUGAGCCUAUCCAGGUGAAGCAGCUGGACAUUGCCAACUUCGAGCUCUUCUCCUCCACGCCCAAAGACUUCCUGGUCUCCAUUAGCGACAGGUACCCGACUAACAAGUGGAUCAAGCUGGGCACUUUCCACGCCCGCGAUGAGCGCAACGUCCAGAGCUUCCCAUUGGACGAGCAGCUCUAUGCAAAAUACGUCAAGAUGUUCAUCAAGUACAUAAAGGUUGAACUUCUCUCCCAUUUCGGAUCGGAACACUUCUGUCCCCUCAGUCUCUUCAGGGUGUUUGGGACCAGCAUGGUGGAGGAGAUCGAUGAGCAAGACGAGUCUCCUUUCCCCUCCGAGCGCUACCCGGACGAGGAAUACGAUGACAUCCACACCUUCCUGUCAAAUGAAGACAAGUCCUCCAAGAACCUCCUGGGAUCCGCAACAAAUGUGAUCCUGGAUAUUGUGAACAACAUCGCUGCCAACGUGCUGGGCCAGAAAGCAGAGCAGGAGGAGGGAAGAGCUCACACUGAAGGAGACUCCUCAUCUGGGCCUGAGAACACCACCGAUACGGCACCAGGCACCGACACCGACACCAGCCUUCUGGAAUCCUCAGAGUCAGACCAGCCCCUCCUCCCCAAGGAGGGCGCCCCUCCCCCUCCCCCUCCCCCCACCCCCACCGCCACACAGGAGCCCCCCCAGCCCCUGGAGACGGGGGAGGGAGGGGGUCAUCAGAUCGUGACCCUCGUCACCGAGGAAGACGAGGAGGAGGAGGAAGAGUCUCGACCGCAGUCCACCGUCACGGUGACCCUGAUGGAGGAAGAGGAAGAUGAGGAAGAGGAGGAGUACAGAGGACACCAGACCAAUGACGGCUCUUCCUCUUCCUCCUCGUCUUCCUCUUCGGCGCCCCCGGAGUCUGAUGAGGAGCGUUGGCGUGGCGACGCGUCUCGUCGCGAGAGCCUGUUCUACUGCGCCCACCUCUCCACCCUCUCCUGUCUGGCAUCGCUGCAGGAGAAGCUGUUCCGCUGGUGCAGUGCCAGCCUCGCCAUCCAGCGCCACCGCAAGGAGCAGCGGGGACCAGCGCCGCGAGGACACGCCCAGGACGCGGCCGCACAGGGCACCGCGCCCGCCACCACGACCGCACACAAGCCUCCGACAGACACCCAGGAGGCCGACUCCGACUCCUCUUCCGACUCCUCCAUCGCACAGGAGCAGCAGCAGGUGGCGUCGGUGUCGGAGGAGGACAGGAGGAGUCAGGGGGUGCAGGGGGAGAGGGACAGCACCUCCUCCUCCUCCUCCUCCUCCUCCUCUUCUGCAGUGGUGGACAGCGCUGCGUCUCGUCAGGGAGGCGAGGUGUUGGCGUCAGGAGUGGACUCCAUGGAGCUGCAGCCGAGCCGCCUCCCCACCCUGCCCCCCCACGUCGCCCCCGACGCCUCCCCGGCCGCCAAGCCCACGCCCACCCGGGAGGUGCCCCCGUACGGCUCGGGAGAGCAGGGGCAGGGUGGGGGCGGGCUGCAGCGGCCGGGGCCGGGGGGGGGCUACCUGGAUCAGCAGGUCCCCGAGACACAGGCCGACGCCUGGAGGACUAGCGCCACUAGCGUUAGCGUUAGCGUUAGCCUGCCGCUACACCCCACCCCCACCCUCACCAACACACACGCCACACACACACACACUCACACCAACACACACACACCUGCUGCUGCUGCUGCUGCUGAUGACAGUCCAAAGAGCGAUACAGACUCUUCGUCGUCGUCGUCCUCCUCCUCUUCCUCUUCUUCUCCGCCCGCCAAGCAGGAGGUUCUCCCCCCGUCCCCCAGUGAACAGCUUCCCCAGCCCCCCCUCCUCCCCACACACACGCAGCCCGUAAACCUCACCCCCCCUACGGAGCUCCCGGCCCCCGCAACCGAGUCCGGUAGCACACACACCAACACACAGACUCACAACAAACACACAGACAACACACACGCCAACACACAGGGACACAAACACAGCAACACACAGCAGCAGGUGCUGGACGAGCUUCCCCAUCACCUGCCGCUCAGCCCUGGAGGUGUUGCUGGGCAACAGCAUCAGCAUCAGCACCCCCAUGCUCCUCCCCCUGCUCCUGUGGAGUUGCCGGAGUCUCCGCCCCCGCUGGGCGACGUGAGGGUGGAGGAGGCGGCCGUGGAGGAGCUGCUGCUUAGCGUCAGCGUAACCAACGGCAACGGACACCAUCAUCACCACCUGCACCGCACCGCCACCGACUUCUACGCCGACUCGGGCGAGGUGCCGGGGCACGUGGGUAAUAAUAACGGUGGAGGAGGGGGCGGGAGCGGAGGAGGAGGAGGCGGCGGAGGGGGCGGCGGCCUCGUGCACUCGGGGUCCAAUCAGAAGGAGUCUGUGUUCAUGAGGCUGAAUAACCGCAUCAAGGCGCUCGAGAUGAACAUGUCACUCAGCAGCCGAUACCUGGAGGAGCUCAGCCAGCGGUAUCGCAAACAGAUGGAGGAGAUGCAGAGAGCCUUCAACAAGACCAUCAUCAAGCUGCAGAACACCUCACGCAUCGCAGAGGAACAGGAUCAGAGGCAGACUGACUCUAUUCAGGUUCUUCAGUCUCAGCUGGAGAACGUCACCAAGCUGAUGCUGAACCUGUCACACACCGUCAUGCACUUGCAGAGAGAGGUGUCCGAUCGUCAGAGUUACCUGGUGGUGUCUCUGGUGCUGUGUGUGCUGCUGGGGCUGCUGUUGUGCCUCCAGUGCUGUAGAGGGCUCUGCAGAGCCAAGCGGGCCACACCUGCAGUACCCAUCAACAACCACUACCCCAGCCCAAAGAGGUGUUUCUCCUCGUAUGAUGACAUGAGUUUGAAGCGCAGGGUGUCGUGUCCUCUCGUGCGCUCCAAGUCCUUCCAGAUGCCAACCACAGAUGUAGGCCCUGAUGACUUGUUCAUAGUUGAGCCGCUCAGGUUUUCUCCAGAGAAAAAGAAGAAGCGCUGCAAGUCAAAGACUCUUGACCGGACGGCUGUAGUUCCCUCCUCCAUCAUCACCUCCUCCUCCAUCACCUCCUCCUCCUCCUCAGCGGAGACCCAGAGGUCCUCCUCAGUGCUCCCCACCACGGGGGUCAGUCUGUUUAACGGGGAGGCCAAGUGCAACGGCUCAGCACAUCACUACCACCACCACCACCACCUCCUGCACGGCUCCACCUCCACCUCCUCCUCCUCCUCAGUAUACCCCCACCACUUCCUCCCCUGCCCCUCCCCCGACGCCGACCUCCUCCUGCUCUCCUCCUCGGCCGCCUCCUCCUCGCGGGAGGCCGCUUGGUCUGAGAUGAGCUCCGAGGGAUCGUCCACCGUCUCCAUCGAGGAGCUCAACGCCCUCUCCUCCUCUUGGACCUCCUCCUCCUCCAUCCCCACCUCACCUCCUGCUGCUCCCCAAACAUCAUCACUACCCCCUCCCUCCUCCUCCUCCUCCACCUGCUCCUCCUCCUCCUCCUCUUCCUCCUCCUGUCCGGGUCUUUGUAAUGGAGGAGGCCCUCUGUCUCAGCAGGCACCUCCUCCUCCUGCUCCUCCUCCUCCACCUCCUCCUCCUCGUACCCGGGCGGAGAAGAGGUCCUUCAAGCGGCGCCGCUCCAAGCAAGCAGAACUGCAACAACUACAAAAACAACAACAACAACUCCAACAACUACAACAACAACAACAACAACAUCCUCAUCCUCAUCACCAUCACCAUCCCCAUCCUCAGCCUCAGCCUCAGCAUCAGGACCACCACAUCUGGAACGGCUACGGUGCCCAUGAGGAGAGAGAGCUGCAGCUGCCCGCGCCCAUCCCCGUCUCCACGGCGACGCCCAUCACUGUCUCCACGGCGACGCCCAUCACUGUCUCCACGGCGACGCCCAUCCCUGUUUCCACGGCGAUGCCCAUCUCCAUCCCCGUCUCCUCCUCCUCCUCCUCCUCCUCUCUGCCCCCCGCUCUCCCCUCCUCUCUGCCCAGCCUGCAGCACCUGAUGAAGGGGAAGCCGGAGCUGGGCAUGGGGGUGGGGGUUGGGGUCGGGAGCUUCAGAGCACAGGCGGUCACGACAGGACACGUUUGAGCCUCAAACCACGUUUGAGCCUCUUCUUAAACACGCACACACACACACACACGAUCACACCUGUGUGCACCUCUAGUCUACACACCUGGAUGUGCGUGCUUGAGUUGUGUGCGCACGCACACACACACACACACACACACUCACCAUUGUGUGUUGAUGCACGUUGCUCUUGUGUCCAGUGGGGAGAUGUCGUUUAGUCUGCUCUGCUCUAACAGUCUAGUGAAGCCACAGAGUGGGAGAGGAACAUCGCUCUCUCUCUCUCUCUCUCUCUCUCUCUCUCUCUCUCUCUCUCUCUCUCUCUCUCUCUCUCUCUCUCUCUCUCUCUCUCUCUCUCUCUCUCUCUCUCUCUCUCUCUCUCUCUCUCUCUCACCACCAGGACUUAAGACUCAUAUAUACUCAUCUACACCUUUAUUUACCUCUAUUCUCCAUCACUUUCUCUCUCUCUCCUCUCCCUCUCUCCCUCUACUCUCCUCCUCCUCCUCCUCUCUCUUCAUCUGUGUCCUCUAUAUGCAUUCUACCAUGCCUCUCCUCAGCAGAGUGGAAUUGACUCCAUGGGAACAGUCGCUGGGCAACAGCCAGCCCCCCAUUCUCACUCUCGCACACCCACACACACACACACACACACACACACACACACACACACACACACACACACCCCUUCAAAUCUCCACUACUCUCGUCUCUCGGAGAUGUGCCUUUUUUUUGGUCCUUUUUUCAGAACUCAUACAGGCGUACGUGAAUCACAAUACACACAAGAACACAAUGUGAAGUCUGAAGUCCCUCGUACUGGACUGCCCCCCCCCGACCCCCCCUCAUUCUGCCCCCUCCCUUGCAGACCUCUUGCUUUACUGUACUGUACUACACUUUACCGAGUCAAUAAUAUACUCGUUGGUGCCACCACACACACACACACACACACACACACACACACACACACACACACACCCGACGCCCUGCGGCUUUCAGAGGGAAUGAUACGUGGAAAAGGACACAAAGUCACAUGAUGUGACAAUUUAGUAGUCUCUCUCUCUCUCUCUCUCUCUCUCUCUCUCUCUCUCUCUCUCUCUCUCUCUCUCUCUCUCUCUGUAUAACUCUAUCUCUGUUGAUUCUUGUGAUCUCUCUCUCUUUCUUUCUUGUUCUCUCAUCCGCUUGUUUUGUCCUUUGGAGCGAGGGCUGCCA